AGAUGUGAUGCGAAGGCAGGAACGCAGGAACGUAUGAAGCGAAUGAACGAAUGCUCGGGCGCAACGACGACGCGAGAGCCGCAGCAAAGCUGAGGCUAAGCUGAGCUCAGCUCGGCUGAGCAUCUACUAGACCGUCCGAAGAUUCUCCGCAGAUAGGAGUCUGAUCCUACGAUUGUCGGGAGUGCGAGUGCGGGUGCGUCUGAGUUUGGUGUUGUUUGGUCGUGGCGAGUGAGCUUGGGGCGUGCAUUCAGCUCGAGUAUAUGUAAAGAAUUGGCCAGGAGAUUGAUUGUUGAGACUCGGUGUGUCCAGGAAUUUGUAGAUCGAGGUCGGGGAGGCGAGCCGGGUGCGGGGGCCGGGCGAUAGGGUAUCGAUGUUCGACUGAAGUUCGUUGUUUGGAUUGUGAGGGAGAGGGAGAGGGAGAGGGAGGGGCCGAUUGGUGGUCCAAGGGAUUGAGUUGUGGUGGGGCUGUUGGUUGAUGGAACUCUGCAGCUGAGCUUGGAAUUUGAGCGAGGGACGGAGACGAGGGGCUGAAGGGGUUUGGAUUCGAGGUGUGGUCGAUAGAAGUCACACCUUCGGAAAAGUCGCAGGCCGAGUCAUGGCGAUGGCUCUGACGAGCAGCAGGAUUGUGGGUUUAGGAGGAUGUGCCGGCACUGGCACUCUGGGGCAGGCGGGGGGUGAAUUGUUCGGGGACGCGGUGGAUUCUCCCCGCUGGAAGAGCGGCAAUUCGGCCUCGACCACGCAUUUGCCCCUGAAGUGGUCGUCCCGCUCGCCUUCUCGCCCGCUGUGCACUUUGGCCAACAAUGUGAACAACAACAAUGUUUCUUGGAACGGCAAGCCCGUCGUUCCCUCCAUGAAUGUGAAUGGCAAUGGCUCCGUUCUCGGGUCUCGGGCAUUUCACGACAUGGACCUGCGAGAACCACGAUCCAAUGGUAGCCGCCUGCGUAUCUUCUCGGGCACUGCCAACGAGCAGCUCGCUCAGGAAAUUGCGUGCUACAUGGGCCUCGAAUUGGGCAAAGUCCGAAUCAAACGUUUUGCCGAUGGAGAAAUUUACGUUCAGCUUCAGGAGAGUGUCAGAGGAUGUGAUGUUUUCCUCGUGCAACCCACUUGUCCGCCUGCCAAUGAAAAUCUGAUGGAGCUCCUCGUCAUGAUUGACGCCUGUCGUCGUGCGUCUGCCAAGACCAUCACAGCCGUCAUUCCCUACUUCGGAUAUGCCCGAGCUGACCGCAAGACUCAAGGGAGGGAGUCUAUUGCAGCUAAGCUUGUGGCGAAUUUGAUCACCGAAGCUGGUGCCAACCGUGUGUUGGCAUGUGACUUGCAUUCGGGACAGUCAAUGGGCUAUUUCGACAUUCCUGUCGAUCAUGUUUAUGGACAGCCUGUGAUUUUGGACUACCUUGCCAGCAAGAUGAUCUCUGCAGAUGACUUGGUGGUCGUGUCACCAGACGUCGGGGGAGUAGCCCGAGCCCGUGCGUUUGCCAAGAAGUUGUCCGAUGCUCCUCUAGCCAUUGUGGACAAGAGGCGUCAGGGUCACAAUGUAUCCGAGGGUCCAAGACGAACGUUUGAUCCUAGCUCUGUCAUGAACCUCAUUGGUGACGUUAGGGGAAAAGUUGCAGUGAUGGUAGACGACAUGAUCGAUACAGCUGGCACAAUUGCGAACGGCGCAGCCCUCCUUCAUCAGGAAGGUGCGCGAGAAGUGUAUGCUUGCUGCACACACGCUGUUUUCAGCCCCCCUGCCAUCGAACGAUUAUCCGGAGGACUGUUUCAGGAAGUCAUUAUCACCAACACCAUACCUGUCCAGGAGCAAAACUAUUUCCCUCAGCUGACUGUUUUGUCCGUGGCCAAUCUCCUGGGUGAAACGAUAUGGAGGGUACACGACGAUUCUUCUGUCAGUAGCAUCUUUCGGUGAAGAAGGAAUGAACGAUUUUAGAUGAUGAGGUCGGUGAGGGCUGGCAUCUCCCAUGGGGCUCAUUUCUCGACCGUGAUUAGACCGUCGAUCCUGCUUUCCGGGAAGGCAUGAUACGUUUUGUAGUUUAUACCAAUUUUUGAGUAGAGUUCCCUCUAGGCGAUUCACUAACCAUAUAUCGGAAAAGCUUGUCAAGGUGAGAAACAAAAAUAACGAAGAAAACACAGUUUUGCAGGAUAGAGGUGUUUACUCUUUGCCUUUCCCUCAUAAGUCUUGUCUUAUGACAACGAAGAUGGCGCUCCUCGGGGUUGCACCUCGAAUUGUACACAUGCUCCCUUCUUCAGGAGUGAUGCUUAAUAGACCUGCCCGUCACGUCCUACUUUAAAGACCUUGAAUGGCGCUAUUAAUUUCACC